AUGAGGGGAACAAUUCGACGACGCGCAGUGAAAAAAGAGAUCAAGGACAGGCUAGCACGCCUCAGACGAGUCCACAGUAGAUUUGGUUCUCGAUAUCGGCGAGUAGUCGAAGGAAUUGCUCACUUCAAAAUUUCGGUGGACGAGGGAUUGAGCGAGCUGGACCAGAUACCCCCCUCUUUCGCAAACCUUGACGAGGAGUUCUCGCAGUUGAUUGCAGAUCUUGACCUGCUCCGCGAAUCCAUUGAGCUAGGGUCAGCGGUUAUUUGGCAGAUGGAGAUGAGGAUGGAGUUCUUGUAG